AUGGCCCAGGGCAGAGUGAUCCAUGUGGCCCCCCAGCAGCCCGCCCAUGCAGUGUGUGUGCUGGGCACCACGAUCUCGCUGGAUGUCUAUGGCUCCGCCCCUAAGGACUGCACGUCCUUCAGUAUCACCGCCUCCCCAGACGUGGUCGUGAAUGUCACCCACAGCUCUCCAGCCAAAAAGAGCCCCACGGGUACCUCCAAGUGGCCCCUGGGCCCUGAGCUGGACUUGACCCUGCAGGUGAAAGCCGCCAGCAAUAGGAUAGAUGACCAUAAGAUUCGAAUUUCCUACUAUGGACCCAAGACCUCACCAGUGCAAGCCCUGCUCUACCUCACUGGGGUGGAAAUCUCUCUGUGCACGGACGUCACCCGCACUGGCAGAGGGAAGCUGACCAGAACUGGAAAGGAUCAGACAACCUGGACCUGGGGCCCCUGCGGCCAGGGCGCCAUCCUGCUGGUGAACUGUGACAAAGACAACCCCAGGUCUUCCCACAUGGACUGGGAAGAUGACGAAGUCCUUGACAACAAAGACCUGCAGGACAUGUCCCCAAUGACCCUGAAUACAAAGACCCCCAAGGACUUCUUUGCCAAUUAUCAGCUGGUGCUGCACGUGGCCAAAGCCGAGAUGGACAAAGUGAGGGUGUUCCAGGCCACACGGGGCAAACUGCCCUCCAGGUACAAGGUGGUCCUGGGGCCACAACAGUUCUCACACCGCCUGGACCUGCCAGGUGGCCAGCACAGCGUGGAGUUCUUUGUGGAGGGCCUCGCUUUCCCGGAUGCUGACUUCUCGGGGGUCAUCGCCCUCGGUGUCUCGCUGCUGGACAAGUCCAACCCGGAGCUCCCAGAGGCCCUGGUGUUCCAAGACAGUGUGACCUUCCGCGUAGCCCCCUGGAUCAUGACCCCCAACACCCAGCCACCCCAGGAGGUGUAUGUGUGCAGGAUUUUUGACAAUGAAGACUUCCUAAAGUCAGUGGCGGCCCUGGCCAAGAAAGCCAAGUGCAAGCUGAUCGUCUGCCCUGAGGAAGAGCACAUGGAUGACCAGUGGAUGCAGGAUGAAAUGGAGAUUGGCUACAUCCAGGCGCCCCACAAGACGCUGCCUGUGGUCUUUGACUCCCCGAGGGACAGAGGCUUAAAGGACUUCCCUGUCAAACGCGUCAUGGGUCCAAACUUUGGCUAUGUGACCCGAGGGGCCCAUGCAGGGGAGGUCACCGGACUCGAUGCCUUUGGGAACCUGGAAGUGAGCCCCCCAGUAACCGUUGGGGAGAAGGAAUACCCACUGGGCAGAAUUCUCAUCGGGAACAGUGGUUACCCCAGCAGCGAGAGCCGGGAUGUCCACCAAGCCCUGCAGGACUUCCUGGAUGCCCAGCGGGUGCAGGCCCCCGUGAGGCUCUUCUCCGACUGGCUCUUCGUGGGCCACAUUGAUGAGUUCUUGAGCUUCAUCCCUGCUCCUGACCGGAAGGGCUUCCGGCUGCUGCUGGCCAGCCCCAGGGCCUGCUACGCGCUGUUCCUCGAACAGCAGCGCGGCGGCCACGGCGAGGCACUGCUGUUUGAAGGCAUCAAGAAAAAGAAACAGCAGAAAAUAAAUGACAUUCUAUCAAACAAGAAACUGAGAGAGCAGAACUCCUACGUGGAGAGCUGCAUUGACUGGAACCGAGAGGUACUGAAACGGGAGCUGGGCCUGGCCGAGAGCGACAUCAUCAACAUGCCUCAGCUCUUCAAGCUCGUGGGAGUUCAAGGGAGACUGAAGGCCGAAGCUUUCUUCCCAAACAUGGUGAACAUGCUGGUGCUGGGCAAACACCUGGGCAUCCCCAAGCCCUUCGGGCCCCUCAUCAACGGCCGCUGCUGCCUGGAGGAGAAGGUGCGCUCGCUGCUGGAGCCCCUGGGCCUGCGCUGCACCUUCAUCGACGACUUCAUCCCCUACCACAUGCUGCACGGGGAAGUGCAUUGCGGCACCAACGUGCGCCGGAAGCCCUUCGCCUUCAAGUGGUGGAACAUGGUGCCCUGA